AUGAUGAUUCUGAAUCUAGCAAUUGGUUUUGGGAUGAGAAGUCCUACAUGGAUUGGGUUAGGAACCAAAUUUGAUACCAAGCUACAGUUGAAGACUGCUGUUACUUUGUGGCAUUUGGAGUCAUCCACAAAAGAAUACAGAGUGGUGGAAAGUAAUCCCAAUUCCAGGGACCACGCCAACGUUUCAUCAGCAAUGGUGGCUUUUUGCAUUAAGCAUCACAUUCUAAAGGACCCUGAGUAUACGCCUAACUCCAUUAUUGAUGAUGUGAAGCAAAAGUAUCAUGUUGAAAUAUCCUACAAGAAAGCAUGGUAUGCUCGGAGGAAGGCUAUAGAGCUAGUUUUUGGUGGAUGGGAGUCAUCAUUCGAAGAUUUGCCUAGUUAUAUGAUUGAGUUGCAGAAGCGCACUCGUGGAACAAUUGUUGAGUGGCAUCAUGAUGAAAGACAUAGUACCGAGACACAAAAGUUGUUCAAGUAUGUAUUUUGGGCAUUCGGGCCGUGUGUGGAGGCUUUUCAGCUUUGCAAGCCAGUGCUAACAGUUGACGGAACUCAUUUGCGUGGAAGGCUCAAAGGUAAACUUCUUUGCGCUGUUGGGUUUGAUGCAAACAAGAAGUUUUUACCUGUUGCUUACGCAAUUGUUGAUAAUGAAACAAGUGAUAGUUGGAAUUGGUUUAUGAAGUUAAUCAAACUUCAUGUUAUGAAAGGCGAUAGAGAUGUUUGCAUCAUAUCUGAUAGACACCCAGGGAUGCUGAAUGCAAUGGAGUCUGAUAUAUGGGAACAACCGCCACGAGGUAUUCACCGAUUUUGCUUAGUACAUGUACGAAAAAAUGUGUUACAGCAUCACAAGGGUGUGAGGGUGAAGAGUCUAGUGUGGAAAAUGGGGAUAACCACACAUGAGAGAAAAUAUUUUAGGAGAAGACGUUCCCUAUGGUAUGUUAGUCCAGAGGCAGUUGAGUACCUUCGGCGUAUUGAUGCGGAGCAAUGGACAAUAGCAUACGACAAAGGUCGUAGAUGGGGUGAAGCAACGACGAACAUAGUAGAGGCAUAUAACAACGUCUUGAAAGGAGCCAGAGAUCUACCUGUUAGGGCUUGUAUCGAUUUAACAUUCUGGAGAAUAAUUAAAUGGUUCCAGACAAGAUCAACAGAAGUAGCACAAUGCCAAACUGUUUUGACCCCAUGGGCGCAUGACAAAUUCAAUGAUAAUGAUGCAAGGGGCCGAAAACAUGUGGUUAGACGAGUCAACAUCCAUGAGGGCAGAUGUGAAGGUUGCCUUGUUCUCACGCUGCGGCAGUUGCCGGAGAUCGAGGAGAUAAUAUUCUACGCCUUGCACCAGGACUAUUGGGAGAUACCACCAUGGACAUUGGAGUGCUCAGUAGGGCAAUUUGUUCCACAUUCUCGCGGUCGAUUUAGAAAAGCAAGGAUACAGAACCAGAUGGACGAAAAUGAACCUGAUUAG